GCUCAGAGGAAGCUAAGGUUCAACUUUCUUUGGUCCUCCGGAAUCCAGGCUCAUCCCACACCAGCUGUCUCCACCAUGCCUCUGAAGUUCAACCCCAAUGAGAUAAAAGUUGUUUACCUGAGGUGCAUUGGAGGUGAAGUCAGUGCCAAGUCUGCCCUGGCCCCCAAGUUCGGCCCCCUGGGCCUGUCUCCAAAAAAGGUUGGUGAUGACAUCGUCAAAGCAACCAGUGACUGGAAGGGUCUGAGUAUUACAGUGAAACUGACCAUUCAGAGCAGACAGACCCAGACUGAGGUAGUGCCUUCUGCCUCUGCCCUGAUCAUAAAAGCCCUCAAAGAACCACCAUAGUGAAAGAAGCAAAAAAGCAUUAAGCACAAUGGAAAUAUCACUUUUCAUGAGAUCAUCAACACUGCCCGACAGAUGUGGCACCAGUCUUUAGCUAGAGAACUCUCUGGAACCAUUGAAGAGAUCCUGGGGGCUGCCCAGUCUGUGGGCUGCAGUGUCAAUGGCUGCCACCCUUAUGACAUCAUAGAUGACAUGAACAGUGGUGUGGUGGAAUGCCCAGCUAGUUAA